UGCCGUGUUUUCUGAGCGAAUGAAAGGGAAGGAGGGACUGUAGUAGGAGGCAGAGCAUUUGCUUUCUAGCUGAAGGCAGCGUGUGUGCUUCUGAUGUGAAUUGCUGUAAUUUACCUCUUUUACCUAAGGCAUUUCUGCAGAUAUCCACAUGCAUGUCUCUCAAACUGUUUGUGUCAGAUUAUAUUUCUGAAGAAGAAAGGGUUACUGGCACAAAGUGGUAAAACAUGGGAUGCAAUUUAUGUACUCUACAAAAGAAAGAGGAACAGUACAAACUACUGUAUGAAGUUUGUCAGGUAAAUGGAAAGGAUUUGUCCAAAGCCACCCAUGAGCAAGCUGUGGAAGCAUUCCGGACUGCUAAAGAGCCAAUAGUUGUACAGGUAUUAAGAAGAACUCCGCGAAUCAAAAUGCUUAACCCAGCUCAGGAGUCUCAGCUUGUGGACACUGGUACUCAGACCGAUAUCACUUUUGAACAUAUCAUGGCUCUUGCUAAGCUGAGGACUCCAACUCCGCCAGUUCCUGUAUUAGAUCCUUACCUUUUACCUGAUGAUCAUCCAUCAGCCCAUGAGUUUUAUGACCCAAAUGACUACCUUCCUGGUGUUUCUCAAGAAAUUGACAGAGAGGAGUUGGAAUAUGAGGAGGUUGCUUUAUACAGGCUGAACAGCCAGGACAAGCUAGGCCUAACUGUAUGCUAUCGAACCGAUGAUGAUGAAGAUGACACUGCCAUUUACAUCAGUGAGAUUGAUCCAAACAGUAUUGCUGCGAAAGAUGGUCGCAUUAGAGAAGGAGACCGAAUUAUCCAGAUCAAUGGUAUUGAUGUAAAGAACAGGGAAGAAGCUGUAGCCCUUCUUACCCGUGAGGACAGCAAACGUGUUUCUUUACUUGUUGCAAGGCCUGAAAUUCAGCUCGAUGAAGGAUGGCUGGAUGAGGACAGAAAUGAUUUUCUAGAUGAUUUACAUAUGGACAUGCUGGAAGAACAACACCAUCAGGCCAUGCAGUUUACUGCGAGCAUGCUUCAGCAGAAAAAGUUUGAUGAAGAUGGUGGAACUACAGACACUGCAACUAUUUUAUCCAACCAGCAUGAAAAGGAUAGUGGUGUUGGACGCACAGAUGAUAGUACCAGGAAUGAUGAAAGUUCUGAGCAAGAAAACUUAGGUGAUGACCAAACUACUGCUUCUAACACUCUUGGCAGCCAGGAAAAGCAGAGAUAUAGUCAUGAUACUUUAGGAAGUGGAGAUAUGCAGUUCAGCAAUGAAUCAUUUAUAUCAGCUGACUAUAAUGAGGUGGAUUUUCUUGGAAUUCCAACUGAUGAAUGUGAAAGAUUUCGUGAGCUGCUAGAACUGAAAUGCCAAGUAAAGGGUGCAAACCAAUAUGGCCUUUACUACCGCAACACAAUAGAUGUUAAUAAAAGUGAUCCAGAAAGUGUAGAUAGGGAGCUGGAACUACUAAAUGAAGAACUUCGAAACAUUGAAUUGGAGUGUUUGAAUAUUGUUAGAACCCAUAAGAUGCAACAACUAAAAGAGCAGUACAGAGAGUCGUGGAUGCUCCACAACAGUGGGUUUCGUAAUUACAACACAAGCAUUGAUGUCCGUAGGCAUGAGCUUUCAGACAUCACAGAAAUGCCUGAGAAAUCAGACAAAGACAGUUCAAGUGCUUAUAACACUGGUGAAAGUUGUCGAAGCACACCACUUACUCUAGAACUUUCACCAGAUAACUCCCUCAGGAGAACAGCAGACUGUGUCACUGGUCAAGAUAAUGAGCGAGCAACCACAAGUGUACCAAAGACUUUGCAGACAAAUGCAGGCAGCCAUGAAUCAAGCCCUACAAAAUACCACUCUUCCCAGGACUGUGACCAUAGUAGGCAGGCUGAUGACAAAGAAAGACGAACUGCGGAUACCAGUAGAAGUGUCCCCCAGUCUUACAAGUCAGGUGGUGCUUACUUACAUCAUUCUCCUUAUAAGCAUGCCCACAUCCCAGCACAUGCCCAGCACUAUCAGAGUUACAUGCAGCUGAUUCAGCAAAAAUCUGCAGUAGAAUAUGCACAAAGCCAAAUGAGUCUAGUGAGCAUGUGCAAAGACUUCAAUGCUGCCGCUGCUCACUCUGACCCCAAAAUGGAGUGGAAAGUUAAAAUUAGGAGUGACGGAACACGCUAUAUCACAAAGAGACCAGUAAGAGAUAAACUGCUUAGGGAACGUGCUAUAAAAAUCAAAGAGGAAAGAAGUGGUAUGACAACAGACGAUGAUGCGGUAAGUGAGAUGAAGAUGGGUCGGUACUGGAGCAAGGAAGAAAGAAAACAGCAUUUGCUUAGGGCUAAAGAACAAAAGAGAAGACGGGAGUAUAUGAUGCAGAGCAGGCUUGAGUGUCUUAAAGAGCAGCAAGGGGUGGAGGAGAAAAAGGAAGUGAAUAUCAUUGAGCUGAGCCACAAGAAGAUGAUGAAGAAACGAAAUAAGAAAAUAUUUGAUAACUGGAUGACUAUUCAGGAACUGUUAACACAUGGCACUAAGUCACCUGAUGGAACCAGAGUAUACAAUUCUCUUUUAUCGGUUACCACUGUCUAAGUGGUGCAAAAGAAAAAUGUAAAUUAAAACACUACCAGUGAGGUAGAAAUUCCUGCCUCGUUAAAUGUGGCAAGUUUUGUAAAUAAAAAAAAAAUAAAAUUCAGUCACUUUGUUAAUAGUUUUAAAAUACGUGCAUAUAGAUCUGGGUUUUAGAAAGGUUAUUUGUAAGAACAAAAGCUGACCCACGUGAUGUUUUGAAGGCAAUACCUAACAAGUUUUUCAGAACAUUUUACAGUUUACUGGUACAAUACAAUUUUUUAAAAUUUCUGUUAAACAUUGUUACAGCUAGUAGCAAAUUCAGCUGAACUAUUAAUAUUAAAACAGGCGCACAAUGUUUUUAGUAGAGCAUAAAAAAAUUGCCAAGAUAUAUAAGCAUUUUUAUGGAAACACUUUUUAUUACUGUGCUAUCUUACUUUUUAUAUAUGUUCACAAUUUUUUAACCAUCAUGCUAUAUCAGUUUUGUAAUACUGCAUUACCUUUUCUGAAGAACUUUUCUAAUUAGCAGCCACCAUUUAGGAUAACAUUGUACAAACUACUCACUUUGCAAAAAACAAGUGCUUUAAGACAUGAAACGGGAUGUGAAGAAAUAUCCUUAUAACUUUCAAUGCUUUGUUUAACAAAAACCUUUAGAAUGUGCUCUUCUUUGUAAACAUGGAAUCGCUUUAUAACAGAUCUGCUCUUACAUGCAUUGAAUACUACCUUGAAAUGGUAAAAUCUCUUUUAAAGAAUGUUUGCAUGUACAGCUAAUUAUUUGUUUAUAUAUACAAUUGUAUGUAAGUAGAAUAGCAUAUGAUAGUACACUUUUGCUUUGCCAGCUUCAGCAGACUGUUCUGAAGUUGCCCAAGUGCAUAGUUAGCUACACAUCUGAUGUAAGAAAUGAGAGGAAAAUAAAUUAUUAUUUUAUAUUUGAUAACCUUUUAAAUGAGUGUUAUAAUAUUAAAUUUCCUGCUUUGCUUUCUGAUCAGCACUUAACAAAGUAACUAAGUCACAAGCACUAAGGAACACAAUAAAUUCACUUAUGCCCAGGCAAAGUUGUUUGCUGGUGUCGAAGGAAAAUAAAACCAACUAGGUCAAAUUUUGAAGGUACACUGCAUUGAAUCUGAUUACUUAUUGGUUCUUAUCUAAAUAUUUUGAACACAUUUCACUAUUCCUUCCUGCUUUUUCAAAAGUUAAGACAGGCAUAACAUAUUCUAAACUUGUAAAUAAGGUGUUCCCUUCUUGGAGUACACCGAUGCAAAUCCAGGAUAAAGGGAGCAAGAGAUACCUAUAAAGAAAAGCAAGGCUGUUUUGCUGUUGAUAGUGAUUGUUCCAUUACAAGUCAAUUAAUGUGAACAUCAACAGAAUUGUUUCGUGCAGGCAUGACCUGUCGUAGAGUAGUGGCAUAUUAUUAUGGGUACUUAUUCAGAUCCUUUUUUAGAAUAUGUGAGAACAGUAUGUGCUUGUGGUGUUUGUGUUUUCUUAAUAUUCAUUAUGAAGGUCACACCUGCAUUACCAUUUGUAAUAUUUGGAAAUUAACAGGGAAGUGGAUAGACAUCCAUCUGGCCUUACUUCCAGAGCUUCAGACAUUCCUAAAAUAAAGCUGUUUCUCCUCCCCGUGCUAAAAAUUGCAAUUUAAUACUCAAUGGAAAUGGGAGAGCCACCUACACUCUCUUCUGAUAACUCAGUUGUGGAAAAAAAACAGUUGUAGUCUACCUUGAUCGCAUCUGGAGCAGUAAAUAUCUGUUCUGGAGCUUUUUUCUUUACAUUUUUGUUUGUUUACAAAGUGAAUGGCGUAGUACAUUCUUGAUUCUGGCCUUUUUUGAGUAUGAUUUUGAAGGUCUUUCUGAGGUCGAUAAUUCUGAAAAAGAUCACCAAUUGUAAAAAAUGAAAUUGCUUCAGAAAUACUUGGUUUAGGGAUCAUAUUCUCUUCUGCAACAUCAACAGAACUGUUUGGUAGGCUAGUUAUAUCUUGCAAAGGAUACUACUGCUCUGGAACAAACUCCUCUUGCAUUUCUGGAUUGGUAAAAGGAAAUUUACCUCAGGAUUGCCUGCUGCUCUACUAAUGGACAGAUGCCGCUCCUAAAUGCUUUAUUCAAUGCAUGGGUCCCCUCAAAUUAACAAUGGUAUGAUCCCAGUUAUUCUCAGUAGGGAUAAUAUAUAAUUAUCGAACAUGGGAUGGGUAAGGCCAAAAGGGGACUUGACUAGACUUAAAAUGGCUCGUAAGGGCAGCAAACCUAGUAAUUAUCUAUGAACUACCUGAAGGAGACAUAUUACACUGAAAGAUCACCACUUUCAGUUCUUUGUCUGUCUGAAAGAGAGACUACGUGUUUUGUGUUGUAAACAGUAUGCACUAUUACAUUUGUAUGGCAGAAAAAGACUUCUGAACUUUAGACAAGGGGCAUCGGUCCUUCUUACCUUGAAGAGCCUUCUGCUGGUGAUCCCAACAAAGAAAAAAAAAUAAAUCUUACUAUAAAGAAUUCAUCAGACAGAGAACUUGAUCCUUUGGGACCUCAGUAGUCUCAAAGAACCUGAUGUGAGGAGUAGUCUAGUCCACUCCUGACUGCUUAGGGCACCACUCCUGAGGAGUUGCUGUCUUGUCCAUCCCUGGUUCCAAUGUCUGCUUCCCCAACUGUCACAGACCCUUUGUGGAGUGACAGGGGGUUAGUGGCUUCAGAGAUAUCUGAGGGCCUUGAUCGAUCAUCAGCUGUUUCACAUCAGGAUGCUGAUUCCCACACAUCCAGAAAGGACCAUCUGAAGGUACAUACAACUGUUGAUAAUUCCCUGUCAUUACAUUUCCCUACUGUUUUCAUUCAGGGAUACAUGGUUUUGGGUGUGGUUACCAUAAUUCAAGCAGUUUGAAAAAAGGACAUUAAGUAUUACUAUGAUUCUGUUGCUCUUCACUCUAAGACAUAGUUAUUGGGUUGCUUGUAUGACUGUAAAUUUGGACUGUCCCAUAUGACCUGAAAAGGAAGCUGUUCUGUAGAUGCAAACCUUUUGUUUGUGCCACUAUCACAGGAAGUCUUCUAGAAAAGUCUGGAGGAGAAACAUAAAGUCUCAAAGUGUAGUAGAAACUUUCUAACCAAGCAGUGUCUGUUUAUGAUAAACAGUAGCCCCCUCCCCCCCAAAAAAAAAAAAAAAUGGUUGAAGCAAAAUGAUGUCUCUGAAAAAUGCCAGUGGAUGGGAGGCAGUGGCUAAGUUAAGCAACAGUUCACAAGUAGAAGGAAAUGGCCCUCCACUAAUUCAAGAGGGGUGCCUCUUGGUUUUGACUGACUUUCCCCAUCCACCCCACUCCUUUCUCACGUAGGAUUUUGAGGAACAGAUGGUUCAGCCUGAUGACAGAUCUUUAAAUAAGGGAGAUCAUUUCCUGAAGUACAAAAUUCAAGGUAUUCCCACUCUUCAUUAGAUUUCCACAUUUACCCACAGAAUAGGUGAAAAUGCCAGAUUCUACCUCAGACCGUCUGUUGUGCUCUGCUGCAUUAAACAGAAUACUCCUGGAAGGGCAAGGGCAGGAAUUUUAUUCAAGGCUCCUUCUGGUGACCAGGGAUGGCAGAAGAAGAGAAUUCUUUAUAAGAAAGAAGUUAACCAUGCAGUCCCUCCUUCUCUUAUAUUACCAGAUGUCCCUCAUGAUCACCUUAAAAGUGAAGGAUGCCUGUUGUUAUAUCCCCAGUUUCACUGAACACAGAUACUUCCUGAGGUUAAUUUUGCAGGCACAGCUUUUUUAGUUUAUGUCAUUCAUCUUUGGGCUGCCUGCUAUGUCUCAGCCUUUUACUAAGUGCUUAGCUACAGUCUUUGUCCACUUCAGCUUGAAGGGCAUCCAUGUUUUUCCCAUACCAGAAUGACAGCCUAACACAGGUCCCUACAUAAGAUUACAUAAAGAUGGUCUUGGACUACACUACCUCAUGGCUUUCCAGUAGAAGCAUUUUCAUACUGAAUUUCAGUUGCAUGCUCAUAGAAGGACUUUCCUUAGAGCAGUGAUAGACACCAGGAAAAUAAUAUAUUUUUCUCUAUGCUCCUCCUUUCUGCAAGCAGCAGAGAAUGCUUAAAUGACAGCAACAACUGUCCUAAAGGCACUUGAGUACAUCUCACUCUCUAUCAUCAUGGUUCCCUAUACUAGGUCACACUAGAGGGAGAAUCAUUGAUACUUGUACUCAUUUUAUUUCUUUAUUUUUUUAUGUUUAUUAACUGGCCAGGAGGGCUUGUCCACAGUCUAUUUUAUGCCACAACUUGAGGAUUUGAUGGCUGUAUCACCUCCAUCGUAUGCAAAUAUGAUAAGCCAUCUAGCUUUUGUCCAAAAGCAAUUGAUAUAGUGGGCACCCCAGUGAUGGCACAAACCUAAGUAUACUUUUGUAAGACAACAUGGAUCCCAAACCAUGUCUUUGUAUGUACCAGGCUUUGCCUGGGAAGCUUACACUGGAACCUUGAAUGCCCAAGGGAGGUAGACCCACCAGCUCAGGACCAAAUAUUUCAGCUUCAAGAAGCUGUUAGCUGUAAUACAUGCUCUUCAGAUCUUGAACUCAGCAUGGAAUCUGUGGCUCUAGAAAGUAAUGACAGGUAACCCCAAAGUCAUAUGGUGCAUCUGCUAACAAAGGGGAAUUCAGUGCUACUGGUCCUGCAAGCUACCUGUAAUUAACCAUAAUGUUAGAAUCUUAAUCUGAAGGUAUUUUGCAUCACUUCAGCUGUCAAAGCUGAUGAUCAUAGGAAACAACAGGUGAGCAGGUCCACCUUCAACCUUCUCAAUUAGAAGUUAAACUCCAGGCUGUUCCACCAACUGGCUUUACAGUGGGAAUCCCAGAAAAACAAUUAUUUGCUUCUCUUUUGAAUCACCAGCUCAGGAAAUUCUGAAUUCACUUGUGUCUGGUAGUUUGAACAUGACACGUUCUUACGUUUCAAUAGAGCAGGGGUUUCUAUAUGCGUUCCCUUUCCAGGUUCCUGUUUAAAGCAAUAAAAGACAAAACAGAUGUCAUCCUACUAGUAGGAACUGCUCAUCAUUCCCAUAGUCUUCACAUUCCUGACACAGUAGAAGAGGUGACCUAGUACAUUCAGACCUGGACAAACUGACUUCAUUCUGGGACUUCUUUCCAAAUGUGUCUAUUGCAAGAUGUAAAGGAGCCUGCCACAAAGUAAUCCUGUUUGGCAAAAUGGAAAAGAUUAUCAUCUUGGUGUACCAACCUUGGCUUUCUGUCUAAGGCAACCUCGGCCAGAAUGAUUUACUUUAACUGAUAGUCUUGCAUCAUAUCUCUAAUCCUCUUAGAGCAAGAAAUCUGAACAAAAACAUAAAUAAUGGGGGGGGGCAAAUGCCGCAAAAUAGGGACAAUUUGUAAACAUUGCUCUUACAAGCUUAGAAAGUUGCUAGAA